UUGAGGAGGAGGAAUUGAACCAUUCCUCCUUUCUCGUGAGUCAUCUGCCAAAGUGUCAUCACCGUUUUCGAUUUGACAGUUCCGAAACCCAACCUAAACAUGGCGUCUGACGGGGACGAAGUUAUUUCGGAUCAAGAAAAAGUACGAAUAGUUUCCAACUUUAUUCUUCAUUCACCCCCUGGAGAGUUCAAUGAGGUCUUCAAUGACGUGCGAAAGUUGCUGGACAACGACGACCUUCUCAAAGAAGGCGCCAGCGGAGCGUUCGCCCAAUACAACAAGGACCAAUUGACUCCGGUGCGAAUAGAAAAUUCUGAUAAUUUGGUGUUGAUUACUGAAUACAACGAUUUAGGCAAUAAUAGGUUUUUCGACCCUCGUUCCAAACAAAGCUUUCGUUAUGACCACUUGCGGAAAGAAGCAUCCGACUACCAGCCCUAUAGCCCUGAUUCAACAGCGGAGCCCUGGCGCUCAGCUCUUGACGCAGAGUUUACUCAGUAUACAAAAAACCACUACAAAGAUGGUGUGAGCACUGUUAUAGGGCGCAAUAAUGGUGGAGUAGUCACCCUAACAGCCUGCAUAGAGGAUCAUCAGUUUCAACCUAAAAACUUUUGGAAUGGUAGGUGGCGCAGCCAAUGGUACAUAACUCUCAACGGCACCUCCUCUGCCGAAUUAAGAGGUGUUCUUAAAGUGCAAGUUCACUACUAUGAAGAAGGCAACGUGCAACUGGUCAGCAUCAAAGAAACGAAAGACUCAGUUAACGUUACUUUCGAGGCACAAACGGCCAAAGAUAUUGUCCAGGCCAUUGAAGCAGCGGAGAAUUUGUAUCAGACCGCAAUUUCAAAUAAUUAUCACACUAUGUCUGAUACAACUUUCAAGGCGUUAAGACGAUUAUUGCCAGUCACACGCACAAAAAUGGACUGGAACAAAAUCGUGUCUUACAGCAUCGGAAAGGAGCUGAAGACUCAAUGAUCAACUGCCGGAAAUUAAGCAGAAUAAAAGUUUAGAUUAUUUAAUAUGACAAUUCGGGAUUAUACAGUGUGUCCAUAAUGAUAGUCUAAGAAAAUCAAUUUCCAAUUAGUGAAAAUAAAAAAUUAAAUUUUGUUCAAAAACCAUCAAUAAUUUGGUUGCGCAAUUUGAAAACGGAUCUGCUUUACUUUAGUCGCAUACACGGAACACUGUAUAAUACUCUCUAAUACCAGAAGUUAGAGUAUCGGAAGUAAUACCACCACUACUACUACUACUACUACUACUACUGCUGAUGCAAGGCUAAAAAAUAAAAAUAUUGAUUUGCUAUCAAGUUGAAUUUUUAGACUAGAAAAAAUGGUGCGCUUAUGUAUAUAAUUUCUAAAUAAUUGUCCUAAAACACUUCUAAAAUACGCAAGGUUGUAACUGUUUGAUGCCGUUUUUUCGCAAAAUAGUUCCAGUUUAUAUAAAUAGUUCAAACAUGAGACAUGAUACUAAGUGUAUAUGAGACUAGUGUUCAAUGGUAUGUAUAUGAGAUGUGAUGAUAAAAAUAUUGCUUUUUUAUUUUAAUGCAAUUUUGGUCAGAUAUGUGAGUCGGCUGCCCGUGCGAAAAACAAAAAAAAACAUUUAAUUGAACCAGAUAAACAACUAACAAAAUUAUUUUCAGAUAACAUUUAAUAAAUAUCCCAAUUAAUUUAACAAUUAUUAACCUAAUAAGAAUCGUGUAGUUUUAAAGCUCGCAAACUUAGUAGUUAAAGCAAAUGAUUCCAUACACAAGUGUCUGAAUUUUUCAACUUUCUGUGUUUGGCAUUUACCAUUUAAAAAAUUUGCGCAAGCUCUCAUUAUUCAUGAAAUGUUUGCUGAUUUCCUUCAUCAACGCUCUUUAACUUUAAGAAAAAAAUAUAUUUUUAUCCCUAACAUUUCUAAAUAAUAUGACUAUUAAUUAUUUCCUUUAUUUACUUUUCAUAUUUUUUUAUUUUAUAUGAAUAAUUAUUGAAAUAAUCAAUGAAAAUGCAAGUAUUAUCCUUAGUUCUUAUUUGUUACUUUUAAAUGUUGUAAAUGGAGGGCUCCGAUUUAGUUUUCAUUCUUCACUUGAAAUUGGGCCCUGAGAUAUGGGAAUUUUUCAACUCAAGUGGAUGUCAUUUAGGGAUUAUUGACGCCCUCUUUAAACCCCAGAAAGCUGCCCUUUGAAAUAUAUUUAAAAUAAUUUAUAUUCUUGUUAGAAUCAACGUUGUAUGGGUUAUUUUUAAAUAAAAAUAUUAAGUAACA